AUGCCGGAGCUAUUCGUCGUCCCACUCGACAAAAUGUGUCUGAACACAAACGCCUUUAGAAGCUGUCAACUUCAGGAAGCAGAGCUUGCGGAGCACACGGCAGAAGAUCUGCUUCCGAUUGUGCCUUCUCGAACAUAUCGUCUGGCUGAUGUUUGUACGUCUGCAGCUGAGCGCAAAAUUAGAUACCGUCCAAGAAAUUGA